UUGCCGAGGGGGCGGCGGUUGCCAUGGAAAGAGAAGGCGGCCUAAGCGCUUCCGGGGCGGCGCCCGCCUCCGACCCGGAAGCGCCUCUUCUCUGCAGGGUUGCCAGCGGGAAGAUGGCGGCGGAGGAGCCUCAACAACAACCGGAGCCCGUCGGAGGGGACACGGACGGAGUGAAUUGCUUGGCCUACGAUGAGGCCAUAAUGGCCCAACAGGACCGCAUUCAGCAGGAGAUUGCUGUCCAGAACCCUUUAGUCUCAGAGAGGAUGGAGUUGACCGUCCUGUAUAAGGAGUACGCGGACGAUGACCAUGUAUACCAGCAGAAGAUCAAGGAUCUGCUGAAGAAGUAUUCCUACAUUCGGAAAACGAGGCCGGAUGGGAACUGCUUCUACCGAGCGUUCGGCUUUUCCCACCUGGAGGCUCUCCUGGAGGACGGCAAGGAGCUGCAGCGCUUCAAAGAAGUGGCGGCGAAAAGCAAAGAGGUGCUGGUUUCCCAGGGCUUCACGGAAUUCACCAUUGAGGAUUUCCAUAACACGUUCAUGGACCUGAUCGAGCAAGUGGAGAAACAGACCACGGUGUCGGAGCUGUUGGGCUCCUUCAACGACCAGAGCACCUCCGAUUACCUUGUCGUCUACCUACGGCUGCUGACGUCCGGCUACUUGCAACGGGAGAACAAGUUUUUCGAGCACUUCAUCGAGGGAGGACGGAACAUAAAGGAGUUCUGCCAGCAGGAGGUGGAGCCCAUGUGCAAGGAGAGCGACCACAUCCACAUCAUCGCCCUGGCGCAGGCCCUCAACGUCUCCAUCCUGGUGGAGUACAUGGAUCGGGGCGAGGGCGGGACCACCAACCCCCACGUCUUCCCCGAAGGCUCGGAGCCCAACGUGUAUCUACUCUACAGACCGGGACACUACGACAUCCUGUAUAAAUAGAGGGGG